AUGGGUAUCAACGAGAUGAUCCAUAACGCCAACAUGGCCGUGGCGCGCUCCUUUGUGGGCAGACGCUUCCGGCUGGAUGGCUCGGGUCACCCCAAGGAACGAAAGGGAUCAUACUUCUUCACCGAAAUCCGAGCCGGCCUGGCCACGUUUUUCGCAAUGGCCUACAUCAUUUCAGUCAACGCGACCAUCGUCUCCCAGUCGGGCGGCACUUGCGUGUGCCCUCCCGACAGUCCCGACUUGUGCGACAGCGACCCCGACUACAUGAUCUGCGUCGCCGGCGUCCAGCGCGACCUGGUCACCGCCACCGCCGCAAUUUCUGCCCUCACCACGUUUUGCAUGGGUCUCUUCGCCAACAUGCCCAUCGCUCUGGCGCCCGGAAUGGGCCUGAACGCCUAUUUUGCCUAUACUGUGGUUGGAUAUCACGGAUCCGGGCUUGUACCAUAUCAAGUUGCUGUCACGGCUGUCUUUGUGGAAGGGUUCGUCUUCGUGGGACUCACCGUCCUGGGUCUUCGCCAGUGGCUGGCCCGCGCCAUUCCAGCAUCCAUCAAACUUGCUACUGGUGUGGGCAUCGGCUUGUAUCUGACUUUGAUCGGUUUGACGUACAGCGCCGGCAUUGGCGCCGUUACAGGCGCGCAAGCUACUCCUCUCGAGCUGGCUGGCUGCAAGCCUGAGUACAUGGACGAAACAGGGGUCUGCCCAGGUGCCUACAAGAUGCGCAACCCAACCAUGUGGAUCGGCAUAUUCUGUGGCGGCAUGUUCACGGUCUUGCUGAUGCUCUUCCGCGUCAAGGGUGCUAUCAUCUUCGGGAUUUUGCUCGUCAGCAUCAUCUCUUGGCCACGUGGAACCGAAGUGACCUACUUCCCGUAUACCGAGUUGGGAGACAGCAUGUUUGACUUUUUCAAAAAAGUCGUGACCUUCCAUCCCAUCGAGAAGAUCCUAGUGGUGCAAGAAUGGGACAUAUCUGGAUACGGCGGCCAAUUCGGCCUUGCCUUUAUUACCUUCCUUUACGUCGACAUCCUAGACUGCACUGGCACUCUCUACUCGAUGGCGCGGUUCUGCGGCGCGAUCGAUGAGAAGACACAGGACUUCGAAGGUUCGGCUGUCGCCUACUUGGUCGACGCGUUCGGCAUCUCCAUCGGUGCCCUGUUCGGAACGCCACCAGUCACGGCAUACAUCGAGUCCGGCGCCGGUAUCUCCGAAGGCGGCGCUACGGGUCUGACGGCAAUGACCACGGGACUGUGCUUCUUCAUCUCGAUCUUCUUCGCCCCCAUAUUUGCGUCCAUCCCGCCCUACGCCACGGGCUGCGUGCUGAUCAUCGUCGGCGCAUUGAUGGCCAAAGCCGCAGCGGACAUCAACUGGCGGUAUAUAGGCGACGCGAUCCCCGCAUUUUUGACGAUUGCCAUCAUGCCAUUCACAUACUCGAUCGCGUACGGCCUGAUCGCCGGCAUCGUCAGCUACAUCGUGCUGAACACCAUUGUGUGGAUCGUCGAGAAGGUGUCGGGCAACCGCAUCAGGCCCGCAGACAAGGAGUACAAGGACUUCUGGACCUACAAGAUCGAGGGCGGCCUGUUGCCACCCUGGCUCGUGCGCGCGGCCAAGGGGAAGAAGGACUUCUGGCGGCCGUAUGAGGAUGUGGAGCACAAUACCGACAGCCACGGCCACAGUCAUCCUGCGGGCAUGACCUUAGAAGGCAGGGAAGGCCACGCCACGGCGGGAGGCAAGGGCUCGAUGGGCGAGAACAUUCGGAGCGGGAGUUCGUCCGAAGAGGGUGGGGAAAAAGUGAAGUCGUAG